UCUCGACGCUCGCCUUCGCGAGCACGAUUUGUGAACAUAACGACCGGGCCAACGCACGACCACACUCCUCGUAUAAUUUUUUCUUUUCUACGACAGUUAAUGGAUUGUUAUCGGCAAUAAAUAUCGGUACCAGUGGAAAUAUCGUUCGGAUCUCGUCGUGAAAUUGUGCACAUUCGAGAGAGGUGUGGUAGGAUGAGGUAAAUUCAGUUGACCCUACAUUCAGGACGAAAAAUAAUGCCUUCGAGCGGAUCAGCCAAAGUAUCUAAGGUAGACAGGUCCACAAGUCCUCUGCCACAAAAGCCCGUCAGUCCCGUCCAAGAACUAAAAGCCCUAUUCGCUGAGCCGCCGUUGAGGGUCUCGAACGGCGGUAAAGAUCAAGAUUUACAUUUCGAAGCUAUUCAAUGCUUGCAAUCUACUACUUCUAAGGAUUCGAAAACGCUGCCGGAGCGAGGCACUUGGAGUAGCAAGGUCGAGUUCAUUUUAUCCGUAGUUGGUUUGGCAAUAGGACUGGGAAACUUGUGGCGAUUUCCUUACCUCUGCUAUAAAAAUGGCGGCGGUGCUUUCAUGGUUCCCUAUUUUAUCGCUCUCGCGCUCGCCGGGGUGCCGAUGUUCCUGAUGGAAUUGUCUUUAGGUCAGAUGAUGACCAUAGGUGGAUUGGGUGUCUUCAAGAUAGCUCCUAUCUUUAAAGGUAUCGGUUAUGCUACGUGCGUGCUCUCCUGUUGGACGAACGUGUACUACAUCAUCAUACUGGCGUGGGCGCUCUUUUACUUUUUAGUCUCAUUGCGAAUCGACGUGCCGUGGAGAACGUGCGAUAACUCCUGGAACACACAUUACUGCCUCACCACCACGGAACGUUUGGAAGCGACGUGUUGGCCCGAAGACGACGACACUAUAUGCGCCACUUCCAUCGGUAACGUAAGUCACGCAUUGCUGAGGGAUCCGGUGAAAGAAUUCUGGGAGAGACGCACCCUUCAAAUUUCCGACGGCGUAGAGGACGUGGGUGGUGUAAGAUGGGAAUUGGCGGGCACGUUGGCCGUCGUCUGGAUCAUGUGCUACUUCUGUAUUUGGAAAGGCGUAAAAUGGACUGGAAAAGUUGUUUAUUUUACAUCAUUAUUCCCGUACGCAUUGCUGGCUCUUUUGUUGGUAAGAGGAUUAACGCUUCCAGGAGCGAUGGAAGGUUUAAAAUAUUACGCAACACCAAAUCUUUCGAAACUCGGCGAUCCCGAAGUGUGGAUAGACGCAGUGACACAAAUAUUUUUCUCUUAUGCGCUGGGUUUAGGAGCACUGGUUGCCCUCGGAAGCUACAAUAAGUUCAACAAUAACGUUUAUAAGGAUGCGCUCAUCGUCUGUACAGUGAAUUCAUGUACGAGUAUGCUCAGUGGUGUAGUAAUAUUUUCUGUAGUCGGUUUCAUGGCUCACGAACAACAGAAACCUGUUGCUGACGUAGCUGCCUCCGGUCCAGGAUUAGCAUUCCUGGUUUAUCCUUCCGCGGUUCUUGAGUUACCUGGAUCAUCAAUUUGGGCUUGUUUAUUCUUUUUCAUGCUUAUUCUUAUUGGCUUAGACAGUCAGUUUUGUACAGUUGAAGGCUUCAUAACAGCCGCGGUAGAUGAGUGGCCGCACGUUCUCAGAAAACGAAAAGAGUUGUUCAUAGCAAUUGUCUGUUUUAUCUCGUAUCUGAUUGGUCUUACUUGCGUUACUGAAGGGGGAAUGUAUGUAUUUCAACUCUUAGAUUCAUAUGCCGUGAGUGGAUUUUGUCUACUCUUUUUAAUGUUCUUUGAGUGCAUUGCUAUUUCGUGGGCAUUCGGUGUAAACCGCUUUUACGAUGGUAUUCGUGAUAUGAUUGGUUAUUAUCCGUGUUGUUGGUGGAAAAUAUGUUGGACAUUUACUACUCCUGUCAUUUGUGUGGGCGUCUUCACAUUCAACAUAAUUAAGUUUGUCCCUGUGAAAUACCUUACAUACGAGUAUCCAUGGUGGAGUCAUGUAUUAGGAUGGCUGUCUGGUCUUUCGUCAAUGUUAUGUAUUCCGGGUUACAUGAUUUACAUUUGGUGCACAACAUCAGGAACUACCUCUGAGAAAUUCCGAAAAUUGAUAAGAAUAGAAGAUGAUGUUGCCACCCUAAGAAUGAAAUUGAAUCCAACCAAAGCUGCCACUAUUAGUGCAGAACUUGAACUAUAAGUGCAUUGUGCCCUUAUUCAACGACCAUGGAUGAUGCAUAUGUGUUAUUUCAAAGUAUGACUGGGAGAAGCAUGAUUUCAUAUAUUGAACAAUGUCAUAUCACAUAAUCAUUUACCAUAAUAAAUAAAAACCAAA